AACUUUAGUUAAAACAGAAAAUGGGGGUCCCAUAUUUUUAGUGUACCUUCCUAAUUCGUUCGGCAACAACUCGAAAGAGUUUCAAAAUUAGCCGUUUAAAUAUUUCUAAUAUUGCAAUAAAAUAAGUCCCAUUAAUGGCUGUUCGGGCAGUGGGUCCCGGUCCGGGUGCGUAUAUGCUACCCCCAGUCCUGGGUUAUGAUCGGCAUGAUACUCGAAAGCAGCGAAUGCCUCAAUAUUCUUUUGGGGUUCGCACGAAUGCUUCAGGUAGAUUUGUUGGACCUGGACCCGGUGCCUAUAUGGUCGAUAAAAUGACUCGCUAUGGAAAGGGCGGAGGCUUGGAGUACUCAAUGGCACCAAGGACACCUACCACAGAUAAAAGAUUCGGACCCGGACCGGCAGCCCAUGAUGUUCAUCUAAAACCUUUCUUCACUGGCACCAACGCUCCAUCCUAUUCCAUGGGUCUUCGCUAUAACUAUGACAUGAAAAAACACGGCCCCGGACCGAAUGCCUAUAGAUUUGAUAUAAAUCCUGUAAAGCCAGCGGCACCUUCAUAUAGCAUGGGGCUGCAAACAAAGCGUAACCGCAAACAUGACUCUCCUGGCCCAGCAGCCUACGUUCCUGGCGAUCUAAAUGUACAUUUGCAGCGUGCUCCUCAAUAUACGAUGACGCCAAGAGGCGGAAAAAUAUCGAAAACCUUGGGACCAGGACCCAACUAUUAUGAUCUAAUGUAUUAUAGGCCGGGCAAAAAGGGAAAUUCGUAUUCUUUUGGAAUACGGCAUUCCCCUUUUGCUCCUCCUAUGAUUGUUAAUUGUGAUAAUGCGUAGAAGUUUUCAAGCAAAUUGCAAUAUUAGAAAAAAGUGUCGCCAAAAUUUUUUAGUCUAAAUAAAUAUGACAAUGAAUUUGUUAAUCA